UAGAUCAGUAUCACUUUUGUAUUAUUACUGGUCCAAAUAUGGGAGGUAAAAGUACUUAUAUUAGGUCUGUUGGCAUAACUGCAUUAAUGGCUCAUAUUGGUAGUUUUGUUCCUUGCAAUGAAGCAACUAUAUCGUUAUUAGAUUGUAUAUUAGCUCGAGUAGGAGCUGAUGAUUCUCAACUGAAAGGAUUAUCAACUUUCAUGAUGGAAAUGAUAGAAACUGCUGCUAUUUUGAAAACAGCAACGUGUAACUCUCUUGUAAUUAUCGAUGAAUUGGGUAGAGGUACAUCUACCUAUGAAGGCUGUGGUAUAGCUUGGUCAAUAGCAGAACAUUUGGCAAAGGACAUUAAAUCAUAUUGUUUGUUUGCUACACAUUUUCAUGAAAUCACUAAGUUAGCCGAAGAAAUUCCCGCAGUACAAAAUCAUCACGUUACCGCUCUUGUUGAAGAAAACAAGUUAACAUUACUUUAUAAAAUAAAGCCAGGGAUUUGCGAUCAAAGCUUUGGUCUUCAUGUGGCUAAAAUGGCUAACUUCCCCACAAGAAGUAAUAGAG